AAUGCAAGCAAGGAUGCAGAGGUGGUGUGGCGAAUCAGGACCAGUUUCAGGCCUGCGCUCACUCUUCAUACCCACGUUGCUGCGUGCCGUAGACGGAUCGUGAGAGAAGAAAGAAGAGGAAGAAGAAGAAGAAGAAGAAGAAGAGGAGGAGUGUCUCCUGGCCCUCGGUGUUUAUAGAUCAAAGGAUCGAAAGAAAGCAAGGAAGGAAGGAAAAGGGAAGAAAAGAAGAAAAAGAAAUUGACCAUGUUGACUCGAGCCGUUUUCUCCUCGAUUUUGUUGAUCACUUGCGUGACCUUGGGCAGGGCGCAGUUUCGGUGUCCCGAGCCAAAAGGCUUCUUCCCUGACCCGGAACAGUGCGACCUCUACUUCGCCUGCGUGGACGGAAAAGCGGAAGAGAAGCUCUGCAAGGAUGGACUCGUCUUCAGGGACGACAAUCCUAAGAAGGAGCUGUGCGACAUCCCUGCCAACGUGCCUUGCGGAGACAGAACUUUGCUUCAGGAGCCACAACCGAGCAAAGGAUGCCCCCGCGCGAACGGCUACUUCAAGCACGAGGACCCAACCGCGUGCGAUCGUUUCGUGAACUGCAUCGACGGCGUUGCCCAGACAAUGCCCUGCCCACCCGGCCUCAUUUACGAGGACAAAAUGUCGAGUUGCGUGUGGCCAGCCGACGCAAGUAGAUUGUGCGAGAACGUGAAGAGGGACGUUCUCGACGACGGUUUCGUAUGCCCUGACGGGGACGUGCCCGGCCCUCUGGGCAGGAUUCUACCCCAUCCGACUUAUCCCCAUCCGGACGACUGCGCCAAAUUCUACAUCUGCAAGAAUGGCGUGGUGCCGCAGAAAGGGCAGUGCGAGCCUGGCACCGUUUACAGCGAGGACAGCUUUAAAUGUAUGGAUCCUGAGAGCGUUCCUGGAUGCGAGGAUUACUACAAGAGCAAAAACUAAUUAAA